AUGAACAGGCCAUCAUUUACUGCUGAAAAGUUAGCAUUCUUCCUUGUUCUUGAACGAGAUCUUGGUGUAGAUCAUGGAGAAGUUAUGGAGGUAACAAGAACCCUGGCUAAUGCUCAAGAGAAUGGACUUCCAGCCAUGUUACGAGCUGAGGAUAAACUGCGGCAAGCUCUUGAACCUGCGCAUAUUCAGCUAUUAUCGCAGAUAAGCAAGCUACCAGGAGGUGUCAAGGACAUUGUCGACAUGAGAAAUGAUCUGUUGGAAGGAUUGAAUGAAGAGAAGGAUCCUACAGCUAGACAAGAACUCCAAGCCCUUAGUUCAUCCAUCAAGAAUCUCUUGGCUCAGUGGUUUGCUGUUGGAUUGUUGGAUCUUAGACGAGUAACAUGGGAAUCACCUGGCAGUAUUCUAGAAAAGAUAUUGCAUUACGAGGCAGUACAUUCAAUGUAUGGCUGGGAUGACCUAAAGCGGCGGUUAGCUCCAGACAGAAGAUGUUACAUAUACACCCAUCGCUCCAUGCCUGGUGAGCCUGUGGUAGUGUUACACACUGCACUGGAGUACGAGAUCGCAGAUAAUAUUCAGGUUAUACUGAGCGAGCCUGAAGUUGAUAGAGAUGAGUGUGAGUAUGAGCUGGAGAAAAGAACCACUGCCGUGUUUUAUUCCAUCACUUCUACACAGAAAGGACUAAGCGGCGUGGAUCUUGGUAAUUUUCUUAUAAAGCAUGUGGUGGAGGAGUUACGUCACGAGUUCCCGAACAUCACACAGUAUUCAACUCUGUCUCCUAUUCCUGGCUUUAGACAAUGGCUUCGACUCCAGCUAACCCUCGCCCUGGAAAAGCAAGCAAAGGGUAUUCCCCAAACUCUACUUCUGGAAGAUGAACAGAAAAGAAUUCUUCAAAGCCGCAAGAACACAGACUUGUCACCGCUGUCAUUGUUCAAGGACCUUUUAGGGACCAGUGAUUGGCAUGUUGACCCAAGUCUAGCUGACUGUAUGAAGAGCCCGCUGAUGCGCUUAUGUACCAAGUAUCUGUACACAGAGAAGCGAAGAGGAUUUGUUAUGAAUCCUGUUGGUAAUUUUCACAUAAGGAAUGGUGCGUGGAUGUGGAGAUUAAACUGGCUUGCAGAUAUAAGUGCCAGAGGAAUGGACAAUUCGUUCGGAUUAAUGAUGAACUAUAAAUACGUAUUAGAAGAUGUGGACAAGAACAAUCAGCAAUACUUGCUUAGCGGUACAGUGGCUGCCUCACCCCAGUUCCUACAGCCACUACAAUAA